CUGCUAUAGUCACUGAAGCAAUCUGGAAAUGUCUGAGCUAUUGAUGCGGCUUCCUUUGACCAAAUUUACUUUCACUGGGAAUGGAACAGCAACGGCUAGGAGAUACAAGCAUGUGUGUUUAUGUGCUACUGCUAACAGAGGAUAAGCAAAGGAUUGUUGUCAAGAAUGGGAAGGAUGCGUUGGAUAUAUGUCGCGUUGUUAAUGGGAUGUGGCAGACGAGUGGCGGGUGGGGAAGAAUUGAGAGGGAUGGUGCUGUUGAUGCUAUGCUUAGAUAUGCUGAUUCUGGGUUAACCACUUUUGAUAUGGCUGAUAUAUAUGGGCCUGCUGAAGAUCUAUAUGGCAUUUUCAUUAACCGAGUUCGUCAUGGGCGUCCACCAGAAUUCUUGGAGAAGGUCAGAGGUCUCACUAAAUAGGUACCGCCACCAGUUAAGAUGACAAGAAGCUUUGUCAGUGACAGCAUUAAUGUUUCUAGGAAGAGAAUGGAUGUGGAUUCCUUGGACAUGCUUCAGUUUCAUUGGUGGGACUAUUCAAAUCCUGGCUACCUUGAUGCACUAAAACACCUCACAGAUUUGAAAGAUGAAGGUUAGUUUUGUUUCUGAGCUGCGGUUAAUGGUCCUUUAGUAAGUUCAUAUCACAUGAUUUGAUCAAACUACUUCAGUUAGCUCUGUACAGGUAGGAUCAAGACAGUGGCUUUGACAAAUUUUAAUACAGAGAGAUUACAAAUUAUUCUAGAAAAUGACAUUCCUGUUGUAAGCAAUCAGGUAAAUCCAAGUGCAUUUUUGUUU